AUGCCUUCUUCUUUUAGGCCCAUUAUGCCUUCGACAGCACCACCACCGAUAUUACCUCGUCCAGAAACAUCAUCCAACGAUAAAAGCUGGUUAAAUACGACGUUGAAUAUGUCAUCUAAUAUUAAAGACAAAGGUCCUAGCAAUGCUCUACCAUCGGCAGACCUUCGUGUGCGACGCAAAGAACAAAACAGGGCAGCACAACGAGCUUUUCGAGAACGAAAGGAGCGCUAUGUCAAAGAACUAGAGGAUCGAAUCAAAGAAAUAGAAGCAGCUCAUGCGAUCAAGGUAGCACAAUUAGAAAAAGAGAAUGAGGAACUUAGAGCAGCAUUACGCCAUUUUCAGUCGCAAGAAACCACGUAUAGCAUGUCACCUAACAAAAAAAAGGGGCAAAAGCGAUCCCUGUCCCUUGUGGACGAUCAUUCAUCACCACCUUCGUUUUCAGAUACACAAUCGCCUGUGAUCACAACACCACCUACGACAUUGCAGCGUGUGCCUUCAUCUGCUGUUGCUUGUAUUCGAGACAAAGACGGUAUCAGUUUUUGUGAGCGAUUGAAAGAAGAAGUAUGUUCAAAUGCUUAUAACCAACUUUUGACCGAGCCCUUAUUUGAUUCACAUGGAUUUCUGAACGAGACAAUUGCAAGUCAUCCUGUACCUAUUGUGACUAGUGAAGCAGGCAGAGAACGAUCCAAAUCCGAAAUAUUUAAUGAAAUGCAACAAGCAUUGACAGAUCAUUUCUUGCAAAACAGCAGUCCGACUGUUGCUGAUGAUUUUAUCUCUUGCUCUGAAGUAUGGGCCCAAAUUUCAGCACAUCCUGAUUUUGACCAGUUUGAUGUGGAAGAAUUGUGCGAUGAAGUAAGGAAACGAGCCAAAUGUUCAAGAACCGGACCUGUUUUUGAAGAGCAUGACGUGACAGAAGUAUUAGAAGUGAUGGAAUCAAGAUUGAAAUCAAAGCAAUCAUAG